UAUUAGAAAGAAGAAGGAGGUUGGCUCUGUGAUUUAGCACAUGCUAACCCAGUAAAGUAAUGCUUGCUUCUUUCCAAUCAUGUGGAUUUAAAAAGAAAAAAAACUAUUUAGAAAGAGAGGACUAAUUUUCGGGUGGUGAAGAGUAUUCAACCUUCAUAGCCCAUGUUUUGUUUAAAUUCGUUCCCGCCUGUCAGAAUGCUGCCCGGGCUAAAACUUGUUGGGUGAUCCUUCUGAAUAAGCAGCGAAAGGGCCUUGAAGCCGCGGUGCUCUAGUGGAGCGUUAAUCCGGGAUCUUAGGUGUGUGACCGACUGAUACUGAUACAAGGUUUUACUUAUUUUUACGUACAUUUCCUGACAUGUCGCACACUGGACCCCCUCCUCGAUGGCGUAACUGUCCAAGGAGAGGGCAGCCUGUGGCAGGUAAAUUCCUGCCUAUGAAAACAAUGUUGGGUCCCAGGUAUGAUGACCAAGUUGCAGAGGAGAACCGGUUCCAUCCGAGCAUGUUGUCCAACUAUUUAAAAAGUCUCAAAGUAAAAAUGGGUUUGCUUGUAGAUUUGACAAACACUACUCGCUUUUAUGACCGCAAUGACAUUGAAAAAGAAGGAAUCAAAUAUCUGAAGCUCCAGUGUAAAGGCCACGGGGAAUGCCCUUCCAAGGAGACGACUGCGUCGUUCAUCAAGCUCUGCGAGGACAUAAUGGAGAAGAAUCCCACAGAACUGAUAGGGGUGCACUGCACGCAUGGCUUCAAUCGGACAGGCUUUCUGAUAUGUGCAUACCUGGUGGAGAAGAUGGACUGGAGCAUUGAGGCAGCUGUGGCUGCUUUCGCCCAGGCUCGGGCUCCCGGGAUCUAUAAGGGAGACUACCUCAAAGAGCUUUUCUGUCGCUAUGGCGAUGAAGAGGACACACCCCCUGCCCCUGCACUGCCAGAGUGGUGCUUUGACGAUGAUGACAGUGAGGUGGACGACGACGGCAACGCAGUCGGCCAGGAUUCUGGUCCGAGCUCCUCAGGAUCGGCGCCUUGUAAGAGAAAGAAGGAGAAGCUAAAAUUGGGUGCGGUGUUUCUUGAAGGGAUCGCAGUGAAAGGGGUCACACAGGUCACGAGCCAACCCAAGUUAGGCGAGAUCCAAAGAAUGUGUCAGGAGAUGACCGAGUGGGACAGGUCUGGAUUUCCAGGUGCACAGCCUGUGUCCAUGGACCGACAAAAUCUUCGUUUCCUUGAGCAGAAUCCUUACAAAGUCAGCUGGAAAGCUGAUGGUACACGGUACAUGAUGCUGAUCAGUGGAAAAAACGAAGUGUACAUGAUCGACAGGGACAACACCGUCUUCCACAUAGCAAACCUCGAGUUCCCCUUCCGGAAGGAUCUGCGCGUCCAUUUAUCCAAAACUCUACUGGAUGGGGAGAUGAUCAUCGACAAGGUGAAUGGUCAACCAGUCCCUCGCUAUUUGAUAUAUGACAUCAUCAAAUUCAAUGGACAACCUGUUGGCCAGUGUGAUUUCAAUAUUCGACUCUUGUGCAUAGAAAAGGAAAUAAUUUCUCCACGCAUGGAAAAAAUGAAGAUUGGACAGAUCGACAAAACCAAGGAGCCCUUCAGUGUCCGAAAUAAGCCCUUCUUUGAUAUUCAUGCAUCGCGCAAGCUCCUGGAAGGCAGAUUCACGUCCCAAGUUAGCCAUGAAGUCGAUGGACUGAUCUUCCAGCCAUGUGGGAGGUACAAGCCUGGGAAAUGUGAUGACAUCCUUAAGUGGAAACCACCCAACCUCAACUCUGUGGACUUUCGUCUCAAGAUCACCAAAGUCGGAGGAGAGGGGCUGUUACCACAGACUGUCGGCUUGCUCUACGUUGGAAACUAUGAAAGGCCCUUUGCAAAGAUGAAGGCAACCAAAGAGCUGAAGCAGUACGACAACAAGAUCAUCGAGUGCACCUUUGCUGACAACAGCUGGGUGUUCAUGAGGCAGAGGGUGGACAAAAGCUUCCCCAACUCCUACGACACAGCCAUGGCUGUCUGUAAAAGCAUCCAGGAACCCGUCACUAAGCAAAUCCUUUUGGAGUAUCUGGACCGCUGCGUCCAGGGAGUCAACACACAGUCCCGGAAAAACCCGUCUGACCCGGACUCUGAGCUAAUGCCUCCUCCUCCUCCGAAAAGACCCAACUGGGCCGCGCCGUAGCCCCCGGCUCGGCCCUCAGGACUCCCACUUACAGUCACAGCAAACAUCCACAUCAGCAGCUAGAAACCCCCUACAGGAAACAUUUCAAGCCUUUUUGCUGCAUAGCAUUUGCUCCCCCAGCUUGUACAUGUAAGGACCUCAGAGAUGUGACUGCCUCAAUGUGAUUCAUUAAUUCACCUUGUAGACCUCUUUGUAGUUUUAAUUGCUUGUGUUCUUAUUAAAACACUGAACAUAAUGCUUAGAUUAUUUUUGGACUGUUUUUCUAUUUAUUUAUUUUUUAUCCUGAGAUAAACAAUCAAGAUAGACUGUGUUAUGGCUACAAUUAACACCUGAUGAACAUUGUUUACUUUGUGUCGACCAUUUCCUUGUUUUCAUUUGAAAGACGAGUAAACAUAGUAAAAGCUUAA